AUGUCAUCUAUAGUAUUACCAAGUGGUAAAGUUGAUGGUUUCAAAGCAGACCAUAAAUAUUCAACACCAACACGUCGUCCAAUUGAACCAGUUGGUCGUUAUUUUUUAGCUCAUGCUUCAAGAACUUUAAGAGGUCAUACUUGGUCAGAAUUUGAAAAAUUAGAAGCUGAAAAAAAUGUUAAACAAAUUGAAAAAAAUGAAGAUGAUGAUUUAGGAGACGAAGAACAAAGUGAAGAAUUAUUAGAACAUGAUCCAAGGGAAUGGAAAACUGCUAAUUUAUAUGCUGUUUUAGGUUUAUCGCAUUUAAGAUGGAAAGCAAAUGAAGAUCAAAUUAGAAGAGCUCAUAGAAAACAAGUUUUAAAACAUCAUCCAGAUAAAAAAUCGGCAAGUGGUGGAUUAGAACAUGAUUCAUUUUUUAAAAUUAUUCAAAAAGCUUUUGAAAUUAUGUUAGAUCCAAUUAAAAGAAAACAAUAUGAUUCAAUUGAUACAAUAAAUGAUCCAAAACCCCCAACAAAAUCAAAAGAUUAUGAUUUCUUUGAAGUAUGGACUCCAAUUUUUGAAUCAGAAAGUAGAUUUUCAAAUAAACAACCAGUACCAAAAUUAGGUGAUAUAAAUUCAACAAAAGAUGAAGUUGAUCAAUUUUAUACAUUUUGGAGCAAAUUUGAUUCCUGGAAAACUUUUGAAUUUAAAGAUGAAGAUGUUCCAGAUGAUACAGCAAAUAGAGAUCAUAAACGUUAUAUUGAGCGUAAAAAUAUUUCAAAUAGAAAAAAAUUAAAACAAGAAGAUAAUAAAAGAGUUAUUGAUUUAGUUGAAAGAGCUCAUAAUGAAGAUCCAAGAAUUAAAUUAUUUAAGGAACAAGCUAAAAAGGAAAAGGCUGCAAAAAAAUGGGAUAGAGAAGCUGGUUCAAGAAAAGCUGCUGAGGAAAUUGCUGCCAAAAAGGCUGCAGAAGAAGAAGCUGCUAAAAAAGCUGCAGAAGAAGCAGCAGCUCUGAAGGCUAAUUCUAAAAAAGCAAAAGAAGCUGCGAAAGCUGCUAAAAAGAAGAAUAAAAGAAAUAUUAGAAAUGCAGUUAAAGAUAAUGGAUAUUUUGGUGAUGAAUCAAAAGCUACUACAAUUGAUGCUGAUGUUGAUUUGUUAAUUGAAAAAUUUGAUGAUAUUAGAUUAGGUGAAGUUGCAAAUAAAGUUAAAGAUCAAGAUGCUUCAAGUGUUAAACAAAUUUUACAAGAUGUUGCAAAAGAAUUAGCUAGUGCUGGUUCAAUAGAUGUAUCACAUUUAAAAUAUUUUAAUUAA